CAAAUUAGGUCAUCGCCAGUGCACACGAUCGAUAGGCAUCAUGCGUAAUGCUACGGCAACAUUGCAAUAACACUCAGCUAGUACUCGGCUAACGUUCAAUUCCAGCCCGUAUGUAUUGAAUGGAUUAUCGUGAUGAAUAUGUAGCUUUGCAGCAGAGAGGGUCUGUUCAGAAAUCGGGGACACGCCCGACGUAGCUGCGAGAGGCUAUCGACGCUACAACACAGUUCAACAGACCCGCCGCUGAGAGAGAGACAACCGGCAUUUGUCCAGCCAUCAACUACCGAGGCCGGCUACCGGCAAGGAAACACAGAAAAUGCUCGCUAAAGCAAUACUAAAGGAAAGUGCUAACGCCUAACGUGUGAGUCUGAUUCCAAGUUGUAGAUCAGUUUGUUGUCCCCCACGGCUACAGACACGGGGGACACACCCGACGCAGUUGCGAGAGUCUAUCUACGUCUUGGAGUGGGGGAGAGGAGAGCUCAUCAGCCAGCCAUUGACUACCGAACUAGCCAUCAACUUCAGUGCCAGCCAUCAACUAUCGGACCAGGCAUCGACUAAUGACCUCUGCUCGGGAGGAAGAGCCGAACUCUGGUCGGGUAGAGCCGAAUGAAUGAACCUAGCUCGGGUAGAGCCGAACAAAUGAACAAUGGCCACCGCUCUGUGAGUGAAGCAACUGCUGUACUAGUUUUUCCCUGUGCUCAUAGUGCUACUCUUACUUAUAGUCCUAACUCCUAGACUUCCUAUACGUUUCUAAAUGGGCUCUUAGUGAUACUGCUAGUCCUAACUCUUAGACUCCCUAUUAGUUUCUAACUGGGCGUUUAGUCGUUUUAAAAUGAAGCAUUCAAACAAAUGCUUUUUAAGAUAUUGUCACUAUUGUAAAAUCUUGUAAUAUAUAACCUUUGAUUGUACUUUGCCCUUCUCUGUGGUUGUGUUUGCCGUGGGAUUUUAGAGCUCUGCUUUUGACACACUUUAAACUGUUUUGAUCUGAGGCCCAUUGUAUCAGAUCUUCCAGACUUAGCAAUAAUCGUCAUGACUAACAAGGUAAGAGAGCGGAAGAGAGAGAGAGAGAGAGAGAGAGAAGAGAAAAUAAAAUAUGAAAGAGGGAGAGGAAGGGUGUGAGGGAGAAGGAAGAGAGAGAAUAGAAAGAUAAGAGAAAGACGGAUUGAGAAAAAUGAAAGAGAGCAAAAGAGAGAGAGAGAGAGAGAUGCCGCUAGCUAAUGUGCUCAGACAGUAGCUUUGUACCAGUCAUUGUCCUGUCCCACUGUUAGAUAGCUUCCCUGAGGCCUCUCAAUGUAACCGACCUCCACUGGCCUUCGUUCGUAGCAAUUUGCCCAUGUCACAUCGGGUUAAUUUCAUACACCGUUUAUACGCUGACAUACAUCUGAAAGACCUGAGGAGUCCCAGAGUGUCCUUAUGGUGCCCUAAGGCUCAUGGUUCAAAGAUCCAGCUGUGGGUCUGACAGGCUAGGCCGUGCCAGAGGUGACAGCUCUCUGUUUGGGGUAAGGAGAGACCCCGUGGGGGGGUAACAAGGAGGUCCCGGAAGGGGGUACGACAGAGGUUCUCAGGCUGGGUCCCAACACUGGGGGUAUGGGCAGCUGUGAGGGCCAGGGAGGCUAGGUUGGGGGUAAGGGUGUUGGAGGAGGGCUAUUUGGAAGGGGGUUAUUGUCACCACCUAUCCACCUAUCAUCUCUCAUUGCUCUGGUGGAGGUUGAAGGGCCUGGUUUGGCUAUUGUUCAGUUCCCUUUCUUUUUCCUCUCUUUGUUGGAUCCCAUGACCUUUGCUUCUCUUUCCUCCUCCCUUGUCUCCAGAGUAUGCACAGUACAAUACUGUCCUGUGAGAUUGUGUUCCUGAACCUCUUCAUUGUUAGGGAAUAUGAAUACACUGUCCAAACAACACCAGGUCAGCGUCCCAAAUGGCACCCUAUACCCUACAUAGUGCACUAUUCUGAUAGGGUGCCAUUUGGAACGCAUUCUUGGAUGUACAUCAACUCUACAAUAAUCAGCGGGGACAUAUAAACAGCAUGUCCUCUAUUCCCCUUCAACAUCAAUAACAAAUUCCCGAUACUACAAUGAGAAACUGAAAAGGGUCAAGACACCCUCUAUCUGCUUUACACUAACCCAAUCCAUUCAAUCACUGAAACCAAUAACACACAGCUCUAAUCUAAACACUCUCAGCCUGAUGGGACUGACCCAUUUUAACUCUUUACAUUUUCCUCUCUCUCUGUUAUAGCUUUGAUCUUACAUUCUCUCCUUCUGACCUGUCAGAUUACCAUCCAUUACUAAACACACACAUCUCUCUCUCUCUCUCUCUCUCUCUGCAUGCUGGGAGUGUUUGGUGCAUGCUGGGAAUUGUUUGAUCGAGUGCUAAGUGCGAGUGUUUGUGUAGAGUUAGAUAUCCUGAGUUUUCUUUCGGUUUUCCUUUUCUUGGUGAUAUCCUUUUUCUUCUAUGCAUGAUUAAGUUUAUUAUUUUCUUGUUGUGGUAGAAUUAAGUAACUUCGGCACGGCUUUAGGUGUGUUACUGAAGCUACUGUCACGGUGGAGGAGUUUCUGGUCGCUGUGGGAGAGAAGGUAGGAUAUGAGAAUGUUGCUUAUGCGUCACGGAUGAAUAAAGCAGGGGUGGUAUUUCUUAAAGAAGAGCGCCUUGUUGAUCGUAUGGUUGAGCAUGGCGUACUUGUUAAAGGUAUGUUUAUUCAAGUUACGCCGCUUUUUUCUCCAUCAACAAGGGUAACGAUUUCAAAUGUACCGCCGUUUAUUCCCAAUGAGCUAUUGGAGCGCGAGUUAUUGCGGUUUGGGAAUUUUGCAAGUUCAAUUAAGAUUGUCCUGCUGGGUUGCAAACACCCGGCGUUGAAACGGGUUAUGUCGUUUCGGCGACAGGUGUUUAUGUUUUUGGAGUCACCAGAGCAGACUUUGGAGUUAUCGUUUAAAGUCAAGUAUGACAACAGACUGUAUAUGGCUUAUGCUAGUACGGGUAGUCAACGGUGUUUUGAGUGUGGGGAUGUUGGCCAUAAGCAACAUGCUUGCCCGAAAAGGGAGAAGGCGGAGGGAGGGGCGCAUGUGGUCCUCGUAACGCCUGGGCCCACUGAUGUAGGCAGAGGUGGGCUGACAGCUGUAGAGCAGCCACAAGCACCUGUUGCUGAGGAACAAGUUGUCUGUGUUGAGGGCACGGAGUUGCAACUUGUACCAGAGGGAAAUGUUAUGCAGCAGAAAAAUAUUGUUGUCGAAGGUAAGGAUGUAUAUGAAGAGCCAUUUCCUCAGACUGGUGAGGAGUUGCACAGCACGAGUGCUAGGGUACAGGAGGGGGUUCAUGUGGAACUAGGCUCCCAGGUAGUGGAGGAGAUGCCCACUACGAGUAAUGGGGUACAGGAGGGGGUUUACGUGGAGCUAGGCUCCCAGGUAGUGGAGGAGAUGCCCACUACGAGUAAUGGGGUUCAGGUGGGGCUAGUCUCCCAGGUAGUGGAGGAGAUGCCUGGUACGAGUGAUGGGGUGCAAGUGGGGAGUGUCGAAAGGGAUGUGGUAGAGGGGAGUCAGGGGUCUGUGGCCUCAGUUGAGGAGGAUUAGGAGAAGGACAUGGAUAUCUCUCCUGAUACGAUAGCAGCUGGUGAGGACUCAAUUUACAAUCUAGAGGAGGUAAAUGGGUUUCUGGAUCAGACUUUUGGGAAAUCUGUCAAAUUGGCAGAUUUUUUUGAUGUUGAUAAGUUUGUGAGGUCAGCUGUGAUGUUACAGAAGACGGUCGGGUUAGACCAGUUGAGUGAGAAGAAGCGUUUUCGCUUGAGGAAAUGUGUUACUGGUGUCACAGCAGCAAAAGGUAGUAGGAAACGUGGUCAGGUUAAGAGAAAGUUAAAACAAUGACGAUGAUCAUGCCUCAUAGGGUGUUUUUUUCUCUUUGUCUGGUUUCUCUGUGGUUUCUUCUGCUUUUCCUUUCUCUUUUCUAUAUGGAGGUACUAAGGGUAGGUUCUCUCAAUAUUAAUGGGGGAAGGGACAGGAAUAAGAGGGCUUGGGCAUUAGAAGUAAUAAAACAGAAAAGGCUGAAUGUUGUUUUUCUACAGGAGACACAUAGUGAUGAGGCUAAUGAGGUUGACUGGGGUAUGUGAUGGGAGGGUCAGCAUAUAAUCAGUCAUGGUACUAAUUUCAGUGCUGGGGUGGCAAUCUUGUUUUCCUCAGGUUUAGGGGUGACUGUGGUAUCUACAAUAGAGAUUGUCAAGGGUCGGGUUUUAUUGGUCAAGGCAGAUGUCAUGUUUUUUUUUUUUUUUUUGAAUGUUUAUGCUCCUAAUGAGGGUACAGAGCAUAUUGUUGUUUUUGAUCAAAUAAAGGAAACCUUAAGACAGUGUGACAAAGAGGGGUGUAUGGUUUUAGGGGGGGGACUGGAAUUGUACAGUAGAUUUUACUGUUGCCCGCACCACUGAAGAACCUCGCCUGCGGUCAGCCACUUGCCUGUCUGGUCUAUUAACUGAGUUUGAGCUUUCUGAUGUGUGGAGAGUAAGGAAUGCAAAAGUUAGGCAGUACACAUGGUUAAAAGUUAAUGAAGGUCGUGUCAGUGCAGCAAGGUUAGACAGGUUGUAUGUAUCUGAUCACUACUGUAGUAAGGUUGGAAGGUGUGACAUUACUCCUGUGAGUUUCUCUGAUCACCAUAUUGUUACUGUUGAUCUUCACCUGUCCUGUCCACGAAGGUCAUCAUCUUACUGGUAUUUUAAUGUUAAAUUGUUACAUGAUGUCAUGUUUUGUGAAAGGUUUUUGUUGUUUUGGGAAAAAUGGAGGCUUACAAAAGGGAAUUUUGAGUCCUUGUGUCAUGAAUCCCGCUUCCUGAGUCUGUGUUCUGCCUGAGCUGCCUGUUUUCUGUUUUGGAGUUGUUUCCUGAGGUUUCUGAACACACCCUGUCUGGUUGCCGGGCGACGAAGCUAGCCGGGAGAUCUCUCAAUUACCCGCACCUGCAGCUCAUCAGCCAUCUGCACACCUGGUCCUGAUCAUCACCUCUUCUCUUCAUAAGCUCUGACCUGACAUCCAUUCCCUGCCGGAUCGUUAGCAAUGAACAUCAUCCUCCCGGAACAUUCACCCCUCUUGCCUGGUCGUCGGUGGUUUCAGUGACAUCAUUGGAUCUGCCUAUUCACUCUCAUCAACUCACCUCUGCUGCUGCUCUGUCUCCUGGGUUAUUCUAUUUUUACCUCGAGUCUGUAAAUAAAUACUCACCUUCAUUUGA